AUGUGCCACUUUCAGGUCUCCUCACACUGCUGGUGUGUUGAAAUUUUUUGACAUAGGGUGCUGGCAGAUUACGGGCCUCCCAUAGCUGCUGCCAGGCCCCUAAUCUGCCAUAGGCCCCUAUAUACCGCCUCCUCAUGCUGCUGCCAGGUCCAGAGUCUCUCAUGGGUCCCUGUACGGCCUCCCAUUGCUGCUGUCUCCAUCGCCACACUCUGCCAUGUGCCACUUUCAGGUCUCCUCACACUCCUGCUGGGUUCCAUUUUGUCAUAGGUUGCUGUAUGGCCUCCCAUUGCUGCUGCCUCCACCGCCACACUGUGGCUCCAAACACUGGUUUUGGCCCCGUGACUGGCCAAAAUGAGUGAAGUGUGCGGUGAUUCUAAGAUCGACGGCACUCAUCUGCAUGUCAUACUGACUGACAGUAUAAUUUCUCUUCCCCAGCAGACUCCAAGGGCAUUUAAAUUUAAAUUAAAGGUACAGUGUUCUGCACUAAUAUUA